GCCCGAACGGGUCAAUGUCUGAGAAGGCUUCGAAAAAUCUGUGGCUGGUGUGGUGUUUCCGUGGACAAGGAUAAAGGCGGAAAAGAACGACGAGACCCAGUUCCGCGUUAAAUCGCGCGAACACUUACGACUAAAAGUCGUAGUUAAAGGUAGUGAUUAGUAGUUGAUUAAUCGUUGAUGAUAACGACAAAAACGGUCGUGACGCCGCCCACACUUGGUCGUCAACGCGAGCUUGGCUUUCGUCGCCCCCGCGCGAAAAUGGUGUGCACCAAGACUUGUGUUUCAUCUACUGCUAGUAUAUGAUAUAAAAUGACAAUAAUGAACGACUCCUGAAGUCUAUGGGUCGAUUAUUUAAACAAUUAUUGAAGACAAGUGAAGGAAUCCUUGAAGAAAAGUGAGAAUUAAGUGCAAAUGGUGAUCAGAAGAGCAAGUUAUCAUACUGUGUGAGCUAGUGAUAGAGAUAGACACUGACACGAAACGAAGAAGGACAAGAGAGAGAAAUAGACGAAGAAGACAAAGUAAAAGGAGCAAGAAAAAAGUAAAAAACGUGAACGAAACCUCCGUAAAAGGAAUGGUUAUGACAAUUUGUAAUUAGUGGAGCAAAAAAAAUGGUGUAUUGAAGACAGAGACGUAAUAAGUAACAGAUAAAGGUGGACAGUGUAAAUUAGGUGAUUAAAUUCUUUUCUUGAUUUUAAAUAAAAUGAGCAUAAAACAUUAAACUAGGAAGUGAUUCUCCGUGCUAGUUCCUAGAGUAAAAAAAUUUUCAAAGUGGUGAGUGUGUGUGAGCAAGAGAGAGAGAGAGAGAGAACGAAAGAGAAAGAUUGAGUGUGCUAUAUAAUCGACGUGGUUUAGGCCGUGCUUGGCUAUACACCGUUCCAAAAACGUAGAGUCACUGUGCUCUUCUUUUUCGUAUCGCGGCACCCUCUUGUCCGCUCAUACCUCGAUUAUUAGCAAGUGCGCCGUGCCGCUUCUUCUCAUCGUUGUCAAGAGUUAGCGACGAAAACGGCAGAAAAGAGAAAAAAAAUAGAAACGACCACGACGACGAGGAAAAAGCAGGCCACAUUAUUGCCCCGUCAACCCCGUGGGGCAGGAUCAUCAAUAACCGGCAGGUAUAACACGAAAUCGGGGACCAGAAGCCAUAAUAACAACGGAAGUUGGCACUUUAUUAGUGAAGAAGUGAAGAUAUAUCUGAAAUAAUAAAAAUAAUUAGUUAUUUCAAGUGCUAACGUGUGUUUGUCCAUACGACAUCCCCGUUAUUGUCGUACGUCUGAUUAAUAAUCGUGUCUGUUAAUACCGAUUGAGUUCAUAGUGGUGAGAAAGAGCUAUCAGUUAUCAUUCGUAAUAUAGCAGAACGGGUAACGCGAUGUGAUAUUGGUUGUCAUUGAUGUUCGUGACGUUUAAUACGAGUAGUUACGAGAAAAGUUCACGUGUUUCAAUCCAAGCGGAAACGUAGUAUUGCCAUUGUCAAAAGGGGAGCAAUCACAGGUCAUAGGCAUCUGAUUUGGUCAAAGCGGAAGAGGCAAAGGUGGAGGUGACUGACGAUUCAGAAUGUUCGGCCGUCCAAGGACCACCUCUUUCGCUGAGGGUACCAAACUUCCCGCGAAUCCGCCCCUGGGCGGCAUGAAGAUCAGCAGCAAGGAUGGCAGUAAAGUGACAACUGUGGUGGCAACCUUAGGUGCCGGACCAGAUGUUCCCUUGGAAGUAUCAUAUACUGAUACAAAGGUUAUUGGAAAUGGAAGCUUUGGAGUUGUGUAUCAAGCUACACUAUGUAACAGUGGAGAGAUGGUAGCAAUCAAGAAAGUACUUCAGGAUAAAAGGUUCAAGAAUAGAGAACUUCAAAUUAUGCGACGACUUGAACAUUGUAAUAUUGUUAAGCUUAAAUAUUUCUUCUACUCCUGUGGUGAAAAGAGGGAUGAAGUUUAUCUCAAUUUAGUCCUGGAAUAUAUACCAGAGACGGUGUACAAAGUAGCGCGGCAUUACAGCAAAAAUAAACAAACCAUACCUAUGAACUUUAUUAGGCUGUAUAUGUAUCAACUGUUUCGUUCCUUGGCAUAUAUUCAUUCAUUAGGAAUCUGUCACAGGGAUAUUAAACCACAAAACUUACUUCUCAAUCCAGAUACUGGUGUAUUGAAAUUGUGUGACUUUGGUUCGGCUAAACACCUUAUGCAGGGAGAACCGAAUGUGUCUUACAUCUGUAGUCGUUAUUAUCGAGCACCUGAACUCAUUUUCGGCGCCAUUGAUUACAGUACAAAAAUUGAUGUAUGGAGUGCUGGCUGCGUAUUAGCAGAACUGUUACUUGGUCAACCAAUUUUCCCAGGUGAUAGUGGUGUAGAUCAGCUUGUGGAAAUUAUCAAAGUUCUUGGAACGCCCACUCGUGAUCAAAUUCGCGAGAUGAAUCCCAAUUAUACAGAGUUUAAAUUCCCACAGAUCAAAUCACACCCCUGGCAAAAGGUAUUUCGGGCACGUACUCCACCGGAAGCUAUGGAAUUAGUUGCCCGACUAUUAGAAUAUACACCACGUUUACGAAUAACACCUCUAGGCGCCUGUGCUCAUCCAUUCUUCAAUGAGCUUCGAGAACGAGGAACUGUUCUACCGAACGGUCGAGAAUUGCCACCAUUAUUUGACUUUACAGAGCACGAAUUGCAGAUAUCACCAAAUCUCAAUUCAAUAUUAAUACCUAAACAUAUGCAAAUGUUCGAAUCAACAACUGAAGACCAACAACCGGCAGAAACUACGAGUAAUACCGCGGGUGCCAGUGGCAAUUCAACUGAGAGUAAUGUUAACACGUCUUCACCAUCAGAAACACAAAAUACUGAUCCUAAUCAAUCGACCAUGGCUUAAAUAAGCCAGAUUACUAUUAUUAAUAUUAUUACCAUUAUUAAUAUUAUUUUUAUUUUAAUCGUUAAAACUCGAAGAUUUAUCAUUUUAGAAAGCACAUCCUACAAAAUAAAAAAAAAUAAUGAUAAAUAAAUAAAUAUAUCUUUAGACACUGUAAGAAAGAUGUUCCGUUUGUAAAUUAAACUUGAUUCAAAAAUUGACUAUGCUGGUAUAAAGUUACUUUGUAAAGAGGAAAAUGAAAAAAUUAUAAUAAUAAAAUGCUUAAGAAAAACUUAAUUAUUAUUCGUAAAAUAAUACAUCCUCAUUGCAAUCAAGUCAAAGUAAAAAUUUAUAUCGGCUUUGUCAUAGAUUGAAUUCAGUGUAUAUAAUAAUAAGAAGAACUGGUGUGAGGCCUCUAAAAAAGGUUUAUGCUAAUUAUACUUGGUUAAAGAGAUGUAUAACGUAAUAAUGUGGUAGUACGUUAAGUUGUUUGCGUCGUCUUUUUAUCGAGUUUAGCUUGAAAGAGUGCAGGUCAAUAUUGAAAAAUAAACAUAGACCGCAUUAUCACAUAUUUAAAAAAAAUAACAACAAAAAAAGAAUAAAGUUAAUAUGCAAACAUAAAAUACGCUGUUGCAUUUGCGUGAUUGGAGAAAGAGCUAUUCUUGAUGUUCGGUUAUUGUUAUAAACGAGUGUUUUAAUUAUUAUAAUUAUUUUUAUUACUUAUAAUUGAAUUUAUUAUUAAUCUAAUUAUUAUUAUUUUUUUUAAUUAUUAUCAUCAUUAAUAGCGUUAUAUUUUUUGUAUUCAACGUGGGAUUUGAUUUUAAAUUAACUGUAACGUCACAAUUUCGUGAAUUAUAGUAUGAAUAUAAAGUAUAAGAAAUCUUCCGAAUUCAAUUUUAAUGAGUUAUAAUUAAUUAAUUAUUCAUUUAAAAAAAUAUUCAAAAAAUUAUCGACUGAUUUAAUAUAUGUAUAGUGAGCCUCGCACUUCUGACGAGUUAUUGUCAAAAUUUUUUUAUGUUUUCAUUUUUUUGACGAAUGCUGUAGCGUUGUGUGAUAUAUACUGCGCCUAUUAGCUCGAUUCAGACUUAAUCGUAAACAUUAUUAUUAAUUAUUAAUUGUGUAAUUAAACAUUAUAGAUAAAAUGUCACGACCAAAUAAUACUCUUUGCACUAUAUAA